GAGAUACCAAAACUGACGAUGCUUCUGACAGACUGACGCUGAAAGACUCGGGUCAUUUGAGCUCUUGUCAGAAUGCAGGGAAUCAGCACGCGCGCUCACGCGAUUUCUGUGGAUGAAUCAGGGGAAAGUUGCAAGAAGAUGAAGGUGGAAAAUAUGAAGAAUGAGAAAUUGCAGUAUGUCUUGGAAUAUGACAGAGAUACACCGAGAACAACUUUCAUCGACCCACAGGUUCAGCGAAACAACAGGAAGAAAAAACGCGUGAAGCUCAGAAAACCUGCAGGGACCGCAUGUGAAGCUGCGAGAGAAGUUCGGGUAGAUCUUCAAGGAUCUGACCUGUGGAAGAAAUUUCACGAGAUCGGCACAGAGAUGAUCAUCACAAAAGUUGGGAGGAGAAUGUUCCCCUCUGUCCGUGUCAAUGUGCACAAUCUGGAUCCCCUGCAGCAAUACUCCAUUGCCAUGGACAUCAUGCCUGUGGACUCAAAGAGAUACAGGUAUGUGUACCACAGCUCUCAGUGGAUGGUGGCUGGAAACACUGAACAUUCACGCCUCUCGCCUCAUCUGUAUGUCCAUCGGGACUCACCGCGUUCAGGAGAGAACUGGAUGAGACAGGGGAUUAGCUUUGAUCGUGUCAAACUCACCAACAAUGAGAUGGAUGACAAAGGCCAUAUAAUCCUGAAGUCCAUGCACAAGUACAAGCCACGCAUACACGUUAUUCUGCACAGUCCUCUUGAAUGCGUGUCCCAGACUCUACUGUCACUGCCAGCGGAGGGUGUGUACACCUUCUCCUUCCCUGAGACUCAGUUCACCACUGUCACAGCCUACCAAAAUCAACAGAUAACAAAACUGAAGAUUGACAGGAAUCCUUUUGCCAAGGGCUUCAGGGAACGAAAUGGGGGCGUGCUGGGUGGGAUUCUGGAGUCGUACUCAUGGCACAGUCCCUUUAACCUCGAUUUCAAAUCUUUUGCUAUGGAGCUACAAGGCAGAUGUUAUGGAUCAUCAGCAAGCUUCGACAUCACCUCAUCAAUGACAUCCUUCCUGCCCAACUCCAUUUCUCAAGCAUCCCAUCCCAACACAUUCACAAGCCCUCAAUGCUGCAAGAUAUUUCCUCCAAACAGUUUUCAAACAUACUGCAACAUUUGCCUGGGCAAACUCAGUAGUUAUAUUGGGUUGCGACCAAUGUUAGACCUCCCCUUCAUGACUAACAGAAAGAAAGGAGAUAUCUUCAGGAGUCACUGGCCCAAUGAUUCUACCAGCACAAGUACUUCUGUACGAUCUAUCCCCAACAUUUCAGCUGGAUGGACCUCCGGACACUAUCAAGCUGAAAAUGACAAUAUGGCUUCAGCCUUUGUGUCACCAUACAGCUAUAGUUUCCCCAUGACAUGCCAACUCUCUACUGUUGCUCAUCAUCUUAAACUGGCUCAUGGUGAGAGCCCUGUAUACCAAAUGCCCAUGAUUUCCUCAAACUGUUACUGUCCCUGACUUCAAACCUGUCAAAACACAUAUUCUCGGCCCUCUUUAC